AUGGCAGGCUCGUUGGUAAAGUCCUACUUGGAAAGACUAGAUUCUCUUUUGAUCCAAGAAAAGGAAGCAUUUGAUGGACUUGAAGAUCACAUAGAGAAGAUAGUGAACAAACUUAAGGAGAUUUCACAGUUUUUUGAUGAUACAGGCAAUACAGAAGAUUAUUCAAAUGAACUUAAAGAUAUAAUCAAUGACAUAGAAAAUCAUAUAGACAAGUUUCUCAGCCAGACUGAUGACGGAGCAACACUGAAAGAUUGCUUCCGAAAUGAUAUGCAAAAGAUUGAUUUUCGCCUUUCGGAAACCAUCCAAAGAAAGAAGGAGUUUAGUUCUUCAACAAUUGUCGACUCUCAAGUGCUAAAAGGUCAAACAUCAGCUUCUUCAUCUUCUUGUUCUUCUUCUUAUGCAACUUUUUCAUUUGAAUCCGAUUUCGAAAAUCUCUCCGAACCCCUUCGAAACUGCUUAAUGUACUGUUGCAUAUUCCCGGAGGAUUUCUUGAUCCACAAAGGGAAACUUAUUCGGCUACUAGUAGCCGAAGGUCUAAUUGAAGAUAGAGAAGGGAAAGUGAUGGAGGACACAGCGGAACAAUGUAUAUGUGAACUUGUCAACAAGGGGAUGCUUGAGAUAAAUGAUGAACACACCUACAAUGGCACCAAACUACGAGUUCCUUCGGUUUACCGCGAAUUCUGCCUUCGAAAAAUAGAGGAAGGAAAGCUCAAAGCUUCGGUUAGUGCUCCGCAGAAAGCGCGUCGCAUAGUGACUAGUCUAGACACGCUGAAAGAUGAGGAUCCCCAACUUUGGUCUUUGUUUCUCAUUGGCAACCAAAAAUCUAUCGAAGAGAAAAGCCAUUGGCUGAAGCACAAGAGCGCAAAGUUCUUGAGAGUUCUAGAUCUAGAAAAUGCGAAAUUCAAAAGCCUACCGGAUGAAGUUGGAGACAUGACACAUCUCACAUAUCUUUGCUUGAAAAGCACGAAGAUAAGUGAGCUCCCAGAGAGCCUAAGUAACCUAAAAGCCCUUCAAACUUUGGAUAUAAGAUGGUGUGGAUUUUUAGCAGCAUUGCCUCAUGGGAUACUAAGUCUUGUAAGCUUGAGGCAUCUCAAAAUGCUCAAGAACUAUGGUGUUACUGGCGUGAAAUUACCACGAGGCAUAGCAAGUCUCCGAAACCUCCUGACCCUUACAGGCGUCGAUCCUAGUGGCGGCAUUGCAGGAGAAUUAGGCAAUUUGACACAGCUCAGAAGGCUGGGAGUGAUGGAUGUGACUGAAGAGAAUGUCAAUGAGUUAUCUUCGUCAAUUAUGAAAAUGCAAGGCCUUUUGAGCUUAUCUCUAGAACCAAAGCAUACACACCAGAAGAACAAACUUCCUCUCUUGGAUUCAUUUUCGCCACCUCUAUCUUUGAGGAAGCUUCGCCUUUAA